AUGGCUGAACCGAACAAGCCAAACCACCGCGCCUGGUGGAAAGAAAGCUCCGUCUAUCAGAUCUGGCCUGCAUCAUUCAAGGAUUCGAAUAACGAUGGCAUUGGCGAUAUUCCCGGUAUUAUCUCUGAGCUGGACUAUAUCAAGAACUUGGGCGUUGAUAUCGUCUGGCUGUGCCCGUCCUACAAAUCUCCCCAGGUUGAUAUGGGCUACGACAUCGCCGACUAUUACAGUAUCGCCGAUGAAUAUGGUACGGUCGCAGAUGUUGAAAAGCUGAUCCAGGGGUGCCAUCAACGGGGCAUGAAGCUCCUCAUGGACCUCGUGGUCAACCACACUAGUGAUCAACAUGAGUGGUUCAAGCAAUCACGCAGCUCCAAGGACAACGAGUACCGGGACUGGUACGUCUGGAGACCUCCUCGCUAUGACGAGGAUGGCAAUCGCCAGCCUCCGAAUAAUUGGAUUUCCCACUUCCAGGGAAGUGCAUGGCAAUUCGACGAACACACCGGUGAAUACUACCUCCAUCUAUACGCCACCGAGCAACCAGAUCUCAACUGGGAACACCCUCCUGUCGUCAAAGCCGUCCAUGACAUCGUACGAUUCUGGCUCAACAAAGGCUGCGAUGGUUUCCGCAUGGAUGUCAUCAACUUCAUCAGCAAAGACCAGAAUUUCCCCGAUGCAGAGGUCACAGAUGCGCGCCGAGGAUGGCAAUGGGGUGAUAAAUUCUACGCCAAUGGACCCCGUCUGCACGAGUAUCUUCAGGGCAUUGGCGCAAUUCUCAAAGAAUAUGACGCCUUUAGUGUAGGCGAGAUGCCUUUUGUUAAAGACGAGAAGGAAGUACUCAAGGCUGUGCAGUUCGACCGGAACGAGAUUAACAUGAUCUUCAACUUCGAGCAUGUCGAUAUUGACCACGGGCCCCAUGCUAAUAAGUUUGAACCCGGUAGCUGGAAACUUUCCCAGCUUAAGGAAUUCUUCGCACGCUGGCAGACUUUUAUGUAUGCGAAUGAUGGGUGGAAUGCGCUUUACUGGGAGAACCACGAUCAGCCUCGCUCGAUUGAUCGCUUUGCGAACGCCCCUGAAGAGUACCGUCGUGAUUCCUCCAAGAUGCUGGCAAUCGCGCUGGCUCUGCAAUCGGGGACUCCGUUUGUGUACCAAGGCCAGGAAAUUGGGGAACAGAAGAAGGACUACUUCAAUGCGGAAGCCCAGGCCAUUGCUCAACAAGAAUACCAGAAGAAAUCCCGCGACAACGCACGUACCCCAGUACAGUGGUCCGAUGCUGAGAAUGCCGGUUUCACUGGACCAGGCGUCAAGCCUUGGAUGUCGGUGAACCCGGAUUACGUUCGAGUCAACGCCGCAGCGGAAGUCAAGGACCCCAAUUCGACCUACCACUUUUGGGCUUCGGUGCUUGGCCUUCGCAAGAAGUAUUUGGAUGUAUUCGUCUAUGGAGACUGGGUCCAAGUCGACAAACCCAAUGAGGAGGUGUUCGCGUUCACUCGUCAAUAUGAGAACCAGAAGGCGUUGGUCGUGUGCAACUUCACUGCGAAGACUGUGGAUUGGAACGCCGGAAGUAACGGGGUCUCUUCUAUAAAGGAGGUGAUUCUUAACAACUACGACGGCACUACAGAAGCUACACAACGCUUCUCUGGUGGUAAGUGGUCGCUCCGGCCUUAUGAGGCUGUAGUUGUUCUUCUAUAG